UGUGACGCAGCGGGCGCGCUCCCGUGAUCCUUCAGAAGAACCCGCGAAGCUGCGAACUGGAGAGUUUGGCUGGCACUGCAGAUCUUCGUAUAACAGCUCAGCAUGACCUGCAUCAGUAGACCUGGAUUCCUCCUAAGUGACAGCGACUCCAGUGAUUCAGAAGAGCUGCCUGUGUUUGAUUUCUCACAGUCAAAAUCCAGACAGGCCAACUUGGUGGUUUUAAACAGUUUAGACUCAGAAAUGGCUCAUGUUGCUGAUCCAAUUUCAGCUUUAGAGGUCCGCUCCUCCACUGGACCUGCUAGAUGUGACGUGUUGAUGGUCAGUAGUGACAGCGAGGAGGAGGAGGCCGUCAUUCCCUUAGCUGUGAGACUGAAACAGAAACAACGUGGUCUGGGUACAGUAGCCACCGCUGCAGAGGAGACUCAGGCUUUCAAUGUGGAUCCUAAUGGAUAUUCACACUUCUUAGAUGUUCCAGCACAUCAUAUCAACCCCGAGGCCCACCCAGUUGAACAUAACAAGAUCUGUAGAAAUAUAACAAGGCAGUGUAGCUCAAACAACGCUGCACCAUACCUCACAAAAGAACCUUCACCUGAAGCAGAGAAUGGCCCUUACCUGGCCAAACGCAAGAAAACCCCAGCAGAAGUGGAGGCUGCCAGACAGGAAGCCCUGAGGAAAAGAGCAACGCGAGAGCAUCAGCAGGAAGAGAAGGAGAGAUUGAGAAUGGAGAAGAAAGCUCUGGCUGAUGCUGUGAAAGCCCUGAGGCCAGAGGAGUGCAUCAAACACAUGGUGGUGACGGUCGACCCAGGCCUGCUGCAGCUGGAAGGUGGCGGUGCUCUCCUGACUUCCCUGCACGCAAUGGGCUGCAACUGUGCCAUAGAGAAGCAGUCUCUUCCUCGUAGUGUCACCUGGGCUAGACGCUCACCCUGCCCUCAGACUGGUGAGAUUAUGUCCAUUCCAGACUCACAUGCUGUAAUCCAAGUUCCAGUGGAUGACUUUGUGACCAUGAUUAACAACUACUGCAAGAGGCAAAGCAACAGUGUAUUAACCGAAAGCGGCAUAUCUCUGACCACCUGGAUCCAAGGACUUAUGAGCAGGAACCCAGGCAGAACCCUCAGUCUGGUCGUGAUUGACAUAGAUAAGUACUUCAGAUCCCAGAAUUCAAAAUGUCAGAAGAAAUUCCGUGAGGCAGUGCUAGGCGAGGAAAAGAAUGUGGGACUUCAGGGAGGGCAGAAAAAGCGAAGAAAGAGAGACGAUAUCAAUCAGCUUCCAGAGGUCUCGCGAGUGCAGGUUGAGGAGACUUUGGUAGACUUGCAGCUGCAAACUGGUGUGCAGGUUCGCUUCCUCUCUACCUGGAAGGACUUCACUGAUUAUAUUACCAUGUCAACCAAAGCAGUAGCCGAGGCUCCGUUCAAGCGGGAGCGAGAGAAGACGGGGUUCACAUUUUGUUUGGAGAGUGAGUGGGCAGGGGGUCAGAAGGUGGACCGCACAGGGAAUGGCCUUCUGCAAGUUUGGAAUAGACAAAUACAGCAGUUGAACCGUGUCAGCCCUGAUAUGGCCAGUGCUGUACUCAGUGCCUACCCGUCUCCUCGGCUCCUUGCUCAGGCAUAUGCACGGUGCAAAUCGGAGCAUGAAAAAGUUGGUCUGCUGUCAGAUGUACUCAUUCGUCGCGGAGAGGGUGUGACAUCUACAACUCGCAGAGUUGGUCCAGAGCUUUCUAAACGGUUGUUUCUUAUGAUGACGUCACAUGAUGACCAGCAACCCCUUGAUUCUGCUGUAUAGGUUAUUCUGCCUUGUACACACAGAUGUCAAAAGAAUUGUUAUA